GCUUGUACUUAAGCUCAGCCAUUUAUCUAGUAGAAGCAGCCGAUUCAUCCAUCCAUGUCUCAGUUUAUCCAUCUGUGAAAUGGGGGCACACUGCUGCAGAGUUAAGCACUCAUCCCAGAGUGCGACAUGGCUGAACUUAGUGUAGCAAAGACCAGCAAAGGCCCCUUUGGCAGGAGGAGCAGUACUGGAAAUGGCUGAGUUGUCACCUUGGGUCUCCCAUGGAGUGACAUCCUAGUUGGGGCAGAGGGCAUAUGGAACUUUAGAAAAGAGGCCUUGGGUGCUGACAGAGGCGUGGGGAUGACACAGCAUGCCCUGGGCCUUAGGAGCUCCUGCAAAGGGUCCCCAUUAUCUAACCGUGUUGGGAUGGGGGGCCCUGGCUGGUGACUUAGCCCUACGGGGCCACGGUUAGGGUUUCCCAGAGAGCAGACCCAUGAAUGAUUGAUGCUCUCUCAGCUUGGGUUUCCUGCCUGUCUGCCUUCAUACUGCCACUGGGCGCCAUGCGGCAGGCCCCACCGUGGAGCUGGUUGAUGGCUGGACUUUGGGCAAGCAGGCAGCACCCUGCUCCUUCUACCUGGCCUGCACCUCCCAGACUGGCAGUCCAUGUCCAGCGCUACUCUGAGGACCCAGGAUGGACACUGCCAUGGAAGCCAACCUGGGCGCUGCUGGCCACGGUCCCCGCACAGAGCCUGAUGACGGGGGCUACUACCCUCAGGGCAGCUGGGACACAGUCUUUCUGGUAGCCUUGCUGCUCCUGGGACUGCCAGCCAAUGGGCUGAUGGCAUGGCUGGCUGGCUCGCAGGCCCGGCAUGGGGCUGGCACGAGACUGGCCCUGCUCCUGCUCAGCCUGGCCCUCUCUGACUUCUUAUUCCUGGCAGCAGCAACUUUCCAAAUCCUGGAGAUCCAGCAUGGAGGGCACUGGCCGUUGGGCACGGCCGCCUGCCGCUUCUACUACUUCCUGUGGGGCGUGUCCUACUCUUCUGGCCUCUUCCUAUUGACAGCCCUCAGCCUGGACCGAUGCUUGCUGGCGCUGUGCCCACGCUGGUACCCAGGGCGCCGCCCAGCCCGCCUGCCCCUCUGGGUGUGCUCUGGGGUCUGGGUGCUGGCCACACUCUUCAGUGUGCCCUGGUUGGUCUUCCCCGAGGCUGCUGUCUGGUGGUAUGACCUGGUCAUCUGUCUGGACUUCUGGGACAGCGAGGAGCUACCUCUGCGGAUGCUUGAGAUCUUGGGGGGCUUCCUGCCCUUCCUCUUGCUGAUGGUCUGCCACGUGCUUACCCAAGCCACUGCUUGCAGGACCUGUUGUGGGCACCAGCCUAGGCCUAUGGCCUGCCACGGCUUUGCCCGUGUGGCCAAAACCAUUCUGUCAGCCUAUGUUGUUCUGAGGCUGCCCUACCAGCUCGCACAGUUGCUCUAUCUGGCUUUCUUAUGGGAUGUCUACCCUGGGUACCUGCUCUGGGAAGCCCUGGUCUAUUCUGACUACCUGAUCCUGCUCAACAGCUGCCUGAGCCCCUUCCUGUGCCUGGCAGCCAGUGCUGAUCUCCGAGCCCUGCUGCGUGCUGUGCUUUCAUCCUUUGCAGCUGCUGCCUGUGAGGAACGGCCUGGUAGCUUCACACCAGCUGAGCCACAGACCCAGGUGGCCUCUGUGGGCUUGACUCUGCCAGAACCAACAGCUGAAGGCCAGCCACGGUUGGAUCCCUUGGUCCAGCCUCAGAUGGAUCCCUCUGUCCAGCCACAGUCAGACUCUGUGGUCCAGCCUGAGGUUGACUCCCUGAUCCAGUCACCACUGGAGCCUGUAGUUCAGCUUGAGGUGACCCCUUCUACCCGGUCACCAUUGGAUCCCAUGGCACAACCUCAAGUGAACCCUUCAGCUCAACCACAGUCAAAUUCUGUGGUCGAGACUCAAGUGGACUCCCUGACCCAGCCACAGAUGGAUCCUGAGGCCCAGCCACAGUCAAGCACAGAGGCCCAGACCCCUGCCUGUGGGGUUGAGUCAGUCUCUAAUCCUGGUGAGGAGAGGUCCCCCAGCCCAUCCCCAGAUCCCACUCCUGGGGCCCCUGAGAACCUAGAUAGACCAGCUGUUCCUGAGGAAGAAAGUCCUAGCAGUGUCCUGCCAAAGGAGGCCGCCAGCACCAGCCCUCCUUGA